AUGAGAGCUUCAAUCAUUGUAUUAGUUGCUGGCCUAUUCUCAAUGGUUUCGUCGAAAAACGUGUACAAUUUGCACUCUAUUCAAGACACUGACCGGGCCACCAAUGAUAAACGCGAUGCCAAAAAUGUACCACAUUUGGAAAAUUUGAAGAGGUCUUUAGAUACAGACAAUGGAAAAAGAGAUGCGGAGCCAAAGAAUGUCAUCAAUUUACAAGACUUGAAAGUUGGAGUCGACGAUGAGGAGAAUCAGAAACGAGAUGCCAAAAAUACUCCCAAUUUGGAUAAUUUGAAUAACCAAUUUUUGCAGAAUUCUGAUAGAGUGACUAAGAGAAAGAAUACAUUUAAGAUUUCAGACUUUAUUCAUGAAAACAAGAAUGAAAAAAGAGACGCCAAGAAUACAUUCAACAUCGGAAAGUACGCUGAAUUAUCGAGCGGAAGACGUGACGGGCAGGACAUUCUCGACCUUCCUGAUGACAGAAGAUUACAAAAUGACCACGUAUUUACUUUUAACUCAGCUGACUGUUACAGUAACUUGUUACAGUCGAUUUUGCCCCAAUUAAAAUCUGUCUCCAUUUUUGCAGGAUAUAUUAGAGACAACAAAGAACUCAACUCAAGAACCGAAUCUCUGGAUUCAAACAUGUUGAUUAUCAGUCCUACUGAUGAUGCUAUAGAGAAUAAGCUUUCCAACUUGAAACCAUGGGAGUUCCCUACUCUGUUGAAUGGAGCAAUGACUGAACAAGAACAGGAUAUUAUCUUGCAAAAGAAUUUACAAAACUACUUGAACGGACAUGUUGUAACUGAUUUCCAGGACAAGAUAAGCAUCCAAGAUGGCAAUGCAAACAAAGAAAAGAUUGUUGUCACUAAGUUGAAUAGUGGUGAACUUUUAGAGAUUAAACAAGAGUUGGUCAGCCAAACUUUUUCCGUUAGAGUUGCUGCUGCACAACAAAGUGAAUGGGUCCCAGUUACCACUGUGAGACAAGUUGAAAAUGGUUUCAUUUUUGUAAUUAAUGAUUCCUUGGUCAAACCUUGA